AUGGCACUUGAUUGCGAAAGCGAUCCAGGAUGGCAGUUCCUCAGACUGAGUCGGGAACAAAUAGCUAAGUGGGCCAGAGCUGUUCUGAAGGGCUGCCCCAAACUUUUGAGAGCGAUCGCAAAGAGAAUUUUGACGACAGCUCUAAAGCAAAGUGGGUUACAAAGACCCUUUGAGAAGUGCAUAAGGAUAUACCAGAUACUUCAUUUAUUGCAGGAUCAGGCAGCUCCAUACGAUUCGAAAAAAGAUGUGUGGAUUCCGGAUAAAGCAGAAGGAUAUAUUGCUGCACAGAUUGUUUCGACAAAGGGAGAUCAAGUGGUCGUACAAACGGGUGAUGGCAAUGAGAAGACACUGAAAAAGGAUUUUUGUACCCAAAUGAACCCACCGAAAUUCGAAAAGACCGAAGAUAUGUCCAAUCUAACGUUUCUCAAUGACGCAUCCGUUCUGCACAACCUUCGAGCGCGUUAUGCAGCUAUGCUCAUCUAUACAUACUCGGGUUUAUUUUGUGUUGUCAUUAAUCCGUAUAAACGCCUACCGAUCUAUACGGAUUCCGUUGCGCAUAUGUAUAUGGGUAAACGACGAACUGAGAUGCCGCCUCAUCUGUUCGCAGUAUCUGAUGAAGCGUAUCGUAAUAUGCUACAAAAUCAUGAGAAUCAAUCCAUGCUUAUCACUGGCGAAUCUGGUGCUGGAAAGACUGAGAACACUAAAAAGGUAUCAAUGGAGAUGAAUUUGAACAGAAUAUGUCUUUCCCUUACCAAAAGAUUUCUUCACAGUAAGAUAGAGGAGCAUUGUUAA